GCACGGUCGGCGACGCGACGAGUCGAGAGCCGCGGGAGCGAUGGCGAUGCCGAUCAGGGCCGGCGAUUCGGCACCCGUUGGCCGCCGUUGCGCCGCCGAUUCGAGGGACGAGCGCCAUGCCUCCUCCUCCUCCUCCUCCAAGGACGACGACGACCACCGCCGCCGAGCGUCCGCGCUUCUCCUCGACUCCGACGUGGACGAGAUCGUGGAGCGGAGACUUGGCACCGACGAGUUUCGCGUCUCGAGCUGGAGUUUGGACAAGUUGGGGGAGACGAACGGAUUCUUGGGCCAGUACUACACCCUCUCCGUGAGGGUGGAGGGUGGAGGCGAGCCCCUGAGGUUCUUCGCGAAAACGCCACCGCCGACCUCCAGCCCCCAAUACGACUUCCUCGUGAGGCACAACACGUUCAACAAGGAGAUCGACGUUUACGGUGAGAUAAUACCCGAGAUGGGGUUAGGGAGCGGGGCGAAGUGGCUGCCCGACUAUUACCUGGGCAAGAACGAUCGAAUAAUAGUUCUUGAGGACGCCGUGGACAGCGGUUACGCGACACUGGACAAGUACGCGACGUACGAGAAGGGGCAUUGGAUACUGUUGGCUAGGGCGAUCGCCACCCUUCACUCGAGAUCCUUGAUCCUGGACGAGAGGCUUCGACGUGGCGCGGGGAGGACGAUGCUCGACGUUUACGGCCGUCUGUUGAAGGAGGUGGCGUUCGUGGAGAGCGAGCCGUUGGCGGGCAAAUAUCUGUCCUCGUGCGUGAAAGGUGCCUGCGCCAUGGUCGACAUGAACGAGGGCCUGGGGAGGGGCGAGGCCGCGGCGAUAAAGGAUUGGAUCUGCGAAUGGGUGCCGAGAUUGCCGGAGAUCGUGGUCCCGUCCGACAAGUGGAGGAACGUGAUGUGCCAUCGGGAUCUGUGGUCCAACAACAUCAUGUUCAAGACGGACGGCGAGGGCGAGCCGAUCGGCUGCUACCUCGUCGAUUUCCAAUUCUUGCGCUACAGCCCACCCGCCUACGACUUCGAGACCGCCCUCCUCCUCACCACCUCCCGAGCGCUGAGACGCGAGUGCCGCGACCUAUUCCUCGACGUCUAUUACGACGCGGUGAGGAAGGAGUUGUCGGUCGAGGGCCUCGUCGCCGAGGACUGUUUGCCACGGGAGGAAUUCGUGAAGAGUUGCGAGGGGGCGAGAACAAUGGCGUUGGCGUACGCGGUCGCCAAUAUGCAAAUAAUGCUGCUCUCGAAGGAGGCGGUCGAGGAGUAUUUCGUCGGCUCGACCGAGAAGUUGGAGCACUACAUGUACGGCGAUCGACGCCCGGAUCUCGUCGAGAGCGAGUGCCGCGCCACCGAGAUGUACCGCACGCGCAUCAUGGAGGUGAUCGAGGAAAUCGGGGAGUACAUCGCCUCCAAGGGAAAGUGGUAGGAAAGGGGGAAGUGAACCGACGGAUCGUCGUAUCUUACGAUACUUGUGACGUGUAAAAAGGAGAAACGACGAGGCCUUUGCCAGAGCUUCGUAAGAGGACCGUUGUUCGAUAGGAAGAGGGUAGUGAAUCGGCCAACACAUCUCUCGCUAAUAUCUCGUUUAAUAUUUCUCGUUUAAUAUUUCUCUCUCGGUACGAGAAUACCGUGUUUUCUUCUAUUUCUUACUUUUUUUUUUCUUUUUGAUACGUUUCUCGAUAUUCGAAAUCGUUGUUAUCGUAAUAUCAUCGUUUGUAUAUGUAUAAUAACGAUAUAAUUGUUUGUUGUUCGAUUAUAUUCACUUUUCGACCUUCGUGGAAACAAGCAACGCGACGUUUCACGAGAAUUUGGUCGAAGCAUAUUUUUGAAAGGGCUUUUUGUAAGGGUAGUGGUAUUUACUUGCCCUUUCGUUGAUUAUUAAUAACGUUUCGCAAACAAGAAGUGUAGUACGCCAGCAGAAGUAGUGCUUUUAUUAUAUCGUUUAAUCUCGUUUCUGCUUCUCCCUUUCUUUCUUCCGUUCUUUCGCUCCGUUGUUCCGCUCAGCUUCCUUUUUUCCCUCCUCCCCCCAUGAUUUGCCUGUCAGCGAUACUGUGCACGAUAAUAAAGUAAAUAAAGUCACGUAUGGAA